AUGAUCCUUUUCUCAACGAACAACUACGUCGAUCCUCAUUCUGCCAAUCUUUGGUUUUUCCUGUACCGUUUUAAAAGGUCCAGGUUUCAUAAAAAAAUAUUGGAUCUAGCUGUUCAUCUUCAGGCUUCAUGUAGUUUUCCAUAUAGACUUGUAAGAAUGUACGUUUUUUCAAUUGAAUAUCUGGCUCUUCUUUUAAAUAACGGCGACCAUCUCUCUUUCUCCAAUUGUAACCAGAGUCGUGGAGUAUCUUUCUUCAGGUUUCUUCUCCAUCUUCGAAAUUUAUUUCAGGAUCACUAUGCAAACAGACGUAUUCAGCCAUUAAUCAUACGGUGUACAUCGAUUCUGAGAGGUGCUGCACGUUUCCGUACUUUUCCAGGUGUUUCUGAAACCCCUUCUUCAACUAAAUUGUAA